AUGAAGUUUCUGAAAUUUGCAACCGAUCUCAAAUUCGGCGUGAAAGUUGGCGGAAGUUUUGCUGCCGUGGUUGCUCUCACGGGGAUCGUCGGCGGCGUCGGCGCCUACAGUGUCAUGACCCUGUCGGAGAGAAUGGAAAUUUCAAAACAGUCAACAUCCGCAAUUGCGCAACUGCAAAACCUUGCCGGUAAGCGCGAAAGCUUCCUCGCGUCCCGAAAUGUUGAAGCUGCAGAUGCCGCACUUGUUGACAUCGACACGCUUGGACAGGAACUGGCAGUCCUUGAAGAACGUUUGAAAAGUGAAGACACCGCAAAAAUUCAGGUUGCGGAAGCUGCUACCGCAGUAACGGACUUCCGCAAGAUCUUCGAGAACGUCGUUGCCCUCACCCAGUCGCAAGCUGAAAAAAGAGCACAGCUGGAAGAAGCCGUGACCGGAUUUGAAGCAGCUGCAGGGGAUAUUCUCGGCAAGGCGAUCAUUGCCCGGAUUGGUAUCAGUUCUGACGAUACAAAUGCGCGCAAAACGAUGGUUGGCGCCAACAAGGUUGGUCAGGCGGCAGCGAGUUUUCAGGAAGAAGUUUUGACCCUGCAAAACCUUUUUGCCGCCGCUGCAAACAAUGCCGCGCAGAUCGCCGAGGUAAAGGCCCGGUUGCAGGCAUUGUCGCCUUCAGUAAUGGCUAUGGCGGGAAACAGCUUCGACGGCAUCGAUAGGGAGGAUUUCAAAAAUCUCGCUGCAAAGACGGAAGAAGUUGUCGCAAUUCUCGACAAAUUGUCGACGACGAAGGACUACAUCGCAAUCUUCGACCUCACUGACAGCGCAAAACUUGGUUUCGAUGAAUUGGUUGCCAACGUAAAGAAAAUCCAGACGGAUACGGCGGUUGCGAUCGAUAGAGUCAACAAGCAGGCAGAGGAAAUCAAUCAGAAUUUCUAUGCCGCGGACAACGUGUCCGGCACCGUGAUGCAGCUCGAAGCGGAUGCGAACGCGGUCAAGGCUGCAAUCUUCUAUUUCAUGGUAUCGCCUGAUGAAGACACGCAAAAUGCAGUGUUGACGGGUCUUUCGAGUUUGAACGACCUGACGACGCGUCUUGAAGAAAGUGCGAAGGAUUUCCCGGCAAUCGUCGAAAAAGUCCCCGAAGUGCUUUCCGCUCUGACCACUUAUGGUUCGACGUUUGAAGGCCUUGCGGCCAAUCAGUUUUCGCUCGCCUCUGAAAUCAGCGCGAUGAAAGACCUGUCCGAAACGGUCCAGGCCCGGAUUUCAGCCAUCUCGGCUGGCCAAAGCGCAGCAGCACAAGCCUCCAGCACAAGUGCAUUGAGUGUCAUAAGCAUUGCUCUCCUCGCAGCAAUCGCGGCCGGAGCAGGCCUCGCAUUUGCGCUCAAUUUCGCUGUCACUAGGCCGCUGAGACGGACAACUCAAACCAUGUCACUGCUUGCAGACGGUGAUACCGAAGUUGAUAUCGAGGGCACGACCCGAGGCGACGAAAUCGGUGACAUGAGCCGCACUUUGCAGGUAUUCCGGGACAACGCUGUUGAGCGUGUCCAACUGCAGUCGGACACGGAGCACGAACAGCAAAUUCGCGAACAGCGCCAGGCAGCGAUCGAGCAGCUCAUCACCGGAUUUCGGGAAAAGGCUUCAACCGUCCUCAAUUCUGUGGGUGAAACCGCAAGCACCCUUGAUGGCACAGCUCAGGAUCUCAAUUCGAUCGCCAGCCAAAACUCCAGUCUCGCAGACAGCACUUUCGGUAUAACCGACGAAGCAACGCAAAACGUUCAGACGGUUGCGAGCGCGGCGGAAGAACUGGCUGCGUCUAUCGCCGAAAUCGCCAGGCAGGUCAGCCAGACGACACAUGUCGUUGGACGCGCGACGGAAGGUACUCAAGUGACCAACGAAAAGGUCCAGAGUCUUUCCAGUGCUGCAACGAAAAUCGGGGAAGUCGUCAGUCUGAUCCAGGCCAUUGCAGAACAAACAAACCUGCUCGCGUUGAACGCAACGAUCGAAGCUGCCCGUGCCGGUGAAGCCGGCAAGGGAUUUGCCGUUGUGGCAGCUGAGGUCAAGGAGCUUGCGACCCAAACGUCCAAGGCAACGGAAGAAAUCGGCUCACAGAUUUCGGAGAUCCAAAGAGCAACGAAUGAUGCCGUCUCCGCGAUCCAGGAAAUCACCGACACCAUGGAAGAAGUCAACGAAUACACGUCAACCAUUGCUGCAGCCGUUGAACAACAGGGCGCGGCCACCAAUGAGAUUUCAGUGAAUGUUCAACGCGCCGCCGAAGGAACCGGCUCUGUGAAAACCAACAUGUCUGAUCUUUCACAGGCCGUAUCUCAGACAAGUCAGUCCGCGAGCCUGGUGCUGAGUGCUUCCUCGGAACUGGCCCAAAAAACUGAAGUGCUGAACCAGGAAGUCGGACAUUUUCUGGACAAUGUCGCAAACGCUUGA